AUGUACUUAAUUCCUUUCAACGAAACAUUUGUCAGAUAUCAAUACCUAAACCUUGUCAACUUCUUGGAAAAUGGCGUAUGGGGUGGACCGGACCCGCAGCUGGAGAACGAGUUUCAGUGGAAGGGGUGGCUGCCAUUCUACCAGGGCACCAACGCACGCUUUAAUGGAAGGGAGAUCUGUGAUUGUUACCGUGAGGAACCUGCGGAACGCCGAGGGAACAUCGAAAAUCGAUACUAUCACAACGAAGUACUGGACGUCUGGGUCACUUUCUUUCAAUGGUUCAACCCCGCAUGUGGGCAUCAGGGUCACAACCUUACCUGGCUGAACGUCUCCGUGCCUCCGCCUCGGCUAGAUCGGGCUCCGAAACGUUAUGGCCAGACACCCGACGUGGACGAGUGGAGGAACUUGUAUCGGGAAGGGCGGCAUUUCCAAGAGAAGACGUCGGUGCGGUCUGAUGCUUCGGCCAUGCCCCUGACUUCCACGCUGCAUCUUCUU